GGAUGACGUCAAGCCGACAGUCCAUAACUGUCCCUCUGACCGGACGUUUACGAUUCCUGUCGAUGAUGCGAGUAUGACAUCCAAUACCUUCUGGUGGACACCACCGACAGCUUCCGAUGACUCUGGGAUUCAGUCGACGCAGUCGAGCCAUCAGCCGGGCGUUGCGGUGUCUGUCGCUGACGGACCCCUCACCGUGACAUACACGGUGACUGAUAACAGCGGGAUGGUCAACUCCGAUUGCUCUUUCACCCUCACCACCCGACAUGAAGAUCGGGAAUGGAAAUGCACGCCCACCAAGUGCUACUAUCUUGAUGCCGCCGACCGAUCGUGGCAAGAAGCCGACAAUUUCUGCACUAAUCUCAACCUCGUCCACACAUCAUCGGGGAAAAAGGACCCGUCUCUGCUUUUUAACGAUAACGAUCCAGAUUUUGAGGUCAUAGAGGGUCUGUUCUCACUGAACAGAGAGGUGUGGAUCAACUGUAAAGGCAGUGAUUCUGGUAGUGCCCUUGUCUGUGACGUGGAUGGUACGGGAACCAGUCAUACUACCACGAAUUGGAAAUCUGGUGAACCGGCUGGCGGGGUCAUCCAGUGUGUAGCUGUUGAAUUGAUUUCUGAGAAGUGGACAAGCCACGGGUGCCAGGAACACUAUCACACCAUAUGCCAUAUAAUACUCUAGAAAAGACAUACACUGCAAAAACCCUGUUUAAAAGCUGGUUGUUUAAAGGGGGAGUGAACUGUGUGUGGUCUCUCAUUGACUGUGUGUUAUAAAUACAUAGUCUUAAAGUAUACUUUUUCAGAUAUCUACUAAUACUUAAGAGAAAAUUGACCUCUAAUUGUAUUUCUAUAGAGAAAAUAAAAUGUUUUGAGAGGAAAAGUAAUUGUUGUGCUACUUAUUAAUAUAAUAUAAUUA